GACCUACUUAACUACUUGACCUACUUUUUCUUCAAUAUUUUGUUGACUGAAUCUCGGGAAUAUUUACGUUCCAAUAUGGCCGAAGGGGAAGUCAAUGUGGACAACCUGAUUCUCCGUCUGCUCGAAGUCAGAGGAUGUCGUCCGGGCAAAAUUGUCCAAAUGACAGAGGCAGAAAUCAGAGCUCUCUGUCAGAAAUCAAGGGAAAUAUUUCUCAGUCAGUCCAUCUUAUUAGAGCUGCAAGCACCUGUAAAAAUUUGUGGUGAUAUACAUGGCCAAUAUACUGAUCUGUUGCGAUUAUUCGACUAUGGCAGCUACCCUCCCGAUGCCAACUAUUUGUUUCUUGGAGAUUAUGUCGACAGAGGCAAGCAGUCACUUGAGACCAUCUGCCUCUUACUAGCAUAUAAAAUUAAAUAUCCUGAAAAUUUCUUCCUAUUACGUGGAAACCACGAGUGUGCUAGCAUCAACCGCAUAUAUGGAUUCUACGAUGAAUGUAAGAGAAGAUUCAGUAUUAGGCUGUGGAAGACGUUUACGGACUGUUUCAAUUGUUUACCAGUGGCUGCCAUUGUAGAUGAGAAAAUAUUUUGCUGUCAUGGGGGUCUGUCACCAGAUCUUCAAUCCAUGGAGCAAAUUCGUCGCAUCAUGAGGCCAACAGAUGUACCCGACACAGGUUUGUUGUGCGACUUGCUGUGGUCCGACCCAGAUAAGGAUAUACAAGGGUGGGGCGAGAACGAUCGAGGUGUCUCCUUCACGUUCGGAUCAGAUGUCGUCAAUAAGUUUCUCAACAGACAUGAUUUGGAUCUCAUCUGCAGAGCACAUCAGGUGGUGGAAGAUGGUUAUGAGUUCUUUGCCAAACGUCAGCUGGUAACAUUGUUUUCAGCUCCAAAUUAUUGUGGGGAGUUUGACAACGCGGGAGGGAUGAUGUCUGUUGAUGAGACUCUCAUGUGCUCCUUCCAGAUACUGAAACCGUCAGAAAAGAAGGCCAAGUACCAAUACACAGGAUUGAAUGCUGAUAAGAAGGAUUCGCCCCUUAUGAAGAAAGCUUAAAGAUACAGAAGAUCGUAUUUUUGUUUUAAUAAUGAAUUGUAAAAUGAUCAUUUAGCUGAUUGAAGUUUCUUCAAUUAUCAAUUUGUUGUCUGUUUCUGUGCUCAUCAUUCAAGUUUAGGAUAAUUUUUAUAUAUUUUUAAAAUGAAAUUUUUUGAACAUUGAGCAUAGAAAUGUUACCAAAAAGAUGAUUGAGAAUUUAUCGUUUAUCGUGAUAGCCUGCUCUCGAUUGUUGCUCCUUAAUAAGCUUAAUGGUUUUAUUUCUACAUUUGUACCUUGUUUUUAUGAUUUUAAUCAACUGAACCAAAGCAGAUCAUGUAAAAAUUAUUGAAUGUCUAACACAUUGUGCAUGUGGACGAUUUAUUACUUGCAUUAUUUAAUCGUGCUAGAACGACUGGCAUAGAUUAAUGUCUGUGCGAUUACGUUCUAUAACCAAAUAAGUUAGAAAUGUUUUCACACACACACAUUUAUAUAUAUGAAUAUAAUAUAUAUGUGCAUACACAAACACACACACAUACAUACAUAUAUAUAUAUAUAUAGUAUUGAAUGAAUUCUACCGAAUUGUUGGCAUUAAUCAAUUUAAAGUUUCUUUUUCAAUUUUCCUUACUAGAAUUUUCUGGAAAUUGUUCAAUUUAUCGAAAAUUGAAUUAUUUUCAAUAUUGUUAUAAUUCUAUUUUCAAUAAAUUGAACAAUUUUCAAAAAAUUCUAGCAAAGAAAAUUGAUAGGACAAACUUUAAAUUGAUUAAUGCCAACAGAUCUGUAGAAUUCAUACAAUGCUGUAUAAAAUAUUCCGACACACACACAUACAUAUAUAUAUAUAUGUAUAGACCAACAUAUAUAUAUAUAUAUAUAUAUAUAUGCAUAUAUAUAUAUAGACUGACAAUUAUAUAUAUAUAUAUAUACAUGUGUAUACGUAUAUAAUGUCUGAUGGUUGUAAAUUAAUAAUGAUUCCUCCAGACACGACGAAAAGCUACAUUCUAUUGAUUUUUACAACGCCGCCUAAAACAUACAAACACCUGUCCACGCAAACACUUAAACGGAGAUGCAUACCAACUGACACACCCAGACAAGCCGAUGUGCGGCGGUACAUGACGGCACGGUCUAUUUACUUCGCGGCUGCGCGUCAAUUUUGAAAAACUAUAUUUUCAAGUUUUUGAUUAAAAGUCUCGUGUAUAUAAUAUUAAAUUUCUGUGUCAUCAAAUAAAAUGUUUGUUGUGUUAAUACUUA